AUGAACCCUUGUUAAAAAUAGACCGGAGACCUCAAGUCGGCCAAAGGACCACUGUUUGUUUGAGUUUUCACUUUGAAUACAAUUUUCUAAUCUAGAAAUUUAAUUCUAAAUCUAGAUCUACAUCUAGAACAAUGAGCUGUCAAGAAUUGGAUCGUUAUCCAGCUGGCGAUGUGGUUUUUAUGGACAGAGGAGAAGGAACAACGGCGUUGGUUCACCUGCACGGAGCAACAAUAAUCUCAUGGAAAUGUCAAGGUCAGGAGAAUCUCUUUCUAAGCCAAUCAUCUGUGUUUGAUAACAAAAAAGCUAUUAGAGGCGGUGUUCCUAUAGUGUUUCCAAACUUUGGUCCAUGGCCACUUGGACCUCAGCAUGGUUUUGCAAGAAUUAAACGAUGGAAUCUUGCGGUCCCACCAAGAAAGGACCAUAAUGGAGAUGUGAUUACCCUUUUUGUACUGGAAGCUGAUGAAGAAACUAAAGCUAUGUGGAAUUAUCAAUUCAAAUUGGUUUAUACUUUGGUACUUUCUCCGAAAUCACUAAUGUCAACAUUAGUUGUGCAUAACACAGAUACAAAAAACCUGGGCUUUACUUGUCUAUUACAUACCUACUUAAGGGUGGCAAAUAUAGAAGACACAGCCAUUGAAGGCCUCAAAGGGUUAACUUUUAUCAACAAGCUGAAAGAUGGUAAAGAAAUCGUUGAAUCUAGAGAUUUGGUGAAAGUAGAUAAAAACUAUGACAGGGUGUAUAAAGAUGCUCCUAAAAAGCUUGUUAUCACAAGUGGACCUGAACCCGCCAGAAAAAUUGAACUCACAACUUUUAAUUUUCCGGACAUUGUUGUGUGGAAUCCAUGGGCUGAGAAGGCUAAGGAGAUGGCAGAUUUUGAUGAUGAUGGCUAUAAAGAAAUGAUUUGUGUAGAACCAGGUAAAGUUGUUGUACCUAUCACCCUUGAGCCUGGUCAACAAUAUGAGUGCAAGCAGACAUUGCUCUCCCACACUUGGACAACUGUUUAAACCUGCAGAGAGUUAUCUCCCAACAUUUUGAGCAAUGUUAGAUUUU